AUGCAACAAUUGGAGAUAUUAGAUAGUCGACGGGUAGAGGUAGACGAUCUCAAUGAAAUCAUUCGAGUUUUCCCAACUACUAGACAGGUCGAUGAAGAUAAUCAAAAGAUGACAACUAUAUUGGCAAAAACUACUAGGUUGUAUAAAUUACAUGCAGUUGAUAUAUCAGUAGAAUCAAAAACAUAUGGUCAAAAACUGAAAGAUGUAUAUGUUUCUAAUGAUCCUAACAAAACUGGAGGAAUCGUUAAAUAUUUAACAAUCGGCAUAGGAUCACGAGUUAUGUUACGAAGAAAUUUUAAUGUUACCCAUGGUCUUGUUAACGGGGCAAUGGGUGUUAUAAGGGCAAUUGAGUGGCCAGCUCUUCGGAGGGACCAAUUGGAACCCGGAGAAUUGCCACAGGCUGUUUAUAUAGAAUUAGACGACAAAGCAAUUAAAAACAAUGUUCCUGGAGUAGGAGUCAGAAUCGAACCAUAG